CAGAAAAUCAAACUCACCACGCCUCUCUCUCCUCUCUCUCCUCUCUCUCUCUCUCUCUCUCUCUCUGCGCUGUUUGUUCUUUCAGAAAACGGAAACUCUUCAAACUUGAAACUUGAAAGUACGCGAAUCGAUCGGAGUCUAUGCGGAUUCUUCAAUUUCUUGUUUCAGGUAGGAUUCAAUAUGUUCUAACUGCAACACAUUUCCCACUUAUUGUGUACCUGUAACUUUAGCUCUAUUAAGCAUGGGGAUGUAUUCAUGCUAUUCGGUCAGCAGAUAGCAGGAGAGGAGGAAAGGUGGUUAACAUUUUCAGCACUUGCUGCUAAUAUUUCGAAAAUGGAUGAUGGUCGGCAACAUGAAAAUGGGAGACACAAGAUGGACUAUUACAGAGGGGGGGUGGCAUCGCCGUGGAAUAUGAUGGCCCAACAGCAAGCGAAGGAACCAAAUGCCUUAGUCAUGAACAAGAAGAUCAUGUCCAUUAUUGCUGACAGGGAUGCUGCUAUUCGAGAACGAAAUGCAGCACUUGCUGAAAAGAAUGAAGCCUUGGCUGCAAGAGAUGAGGCACUCCGACAGCGAGAUGAGGCACUUACUCAGCGUGAUAGUGCCCUGAUGGAACGGGACAACGCCUAUGCAGCCCUUCAUUCGCGGGAUAAUGCUGUCAACUUCCCGUUGGGUGGUGGAGCUCAACGUGGAGCUAAACGCGUGCAGCGCCCCUCAAACCAUUCAGUUACCCUGGCUGAUGUUCAUUACAGCACAAAAGAUGUGCAUAUAACUGAGGCCUACCCUAUUUCAGUUAUAUCUCCUGAAGCUGUCAAGUCACGUCAGACAAAGCGAGCAAAGGAGAACAAGGCAUCCAGGGCAAAGCAGUCACGGAAAAAGGUAGGCGAAGAUUUGAAUAGGCAGGCUUCCUCGGAUGGGAUUAAGUAUAAAUCAGAGUGGGAUACUCAUGAUUUGGGUUUGAAUCUUGUCUCGUUCGAUGAGUCUACAAUGCCAGUGCCAGUUUGUUCAUGCACUGGAAUUCCGCGGCAGUGCUACAAAUGGGGGAAUGGCGGGUGGCAGUCAUCUUGUUGCACCACCCAUAUGUCUAUGUAUCCACUACCUCAGAUGCCAAAUAAGCGCCAUGCACGGAUGGGUGGGCGGAAGAUGAGCGGAAGUGUUUUUACUAGAUUGCUUAGUCGGCUGGCAGCAGAUGGUCAUGAUUUGUCAAUACCGCUGGAUUUGAAAGAAUACUGGGCCAGACAUGGGACAAAUCGCUACAUAACGAUCAAGUAGGUCAGAAGCAAUAAUUUGGAUGUUUCCUUUCUAGGUACCUCUCUCUUUUUCUUCCUACUCUCCCUCUCGUGUCUCUGAAUUUAACGGAUAUCUUCAUUGGCAUGUGGCUGUAUUCAAUGAAAUCAAUGGGAGAAAUUUUCGAUAAUUGAGUACUUCCAUCUUCCUUCGGUUAACAGACUGUUGUAUUCAGUCACAGAAUUUCAAUUGCCCCUUCUUACGAAGGACAUUAGUAGUAGGGGUAGGUUCGGUUU